AUGCUGGACUUUAUGGACUACAUCCAGCUAUCCUUCGCCGAGGCGACCCACUGGAAUCGCGACAACUCGUACUCGUCACUCAACACCACCGCUCAAUCGAUUCUCGAUUUCUCGACCCCGGAACGAUUGCGCGUUCACCUUUCGUCGCUGGCAACUCCCCAUUUUGCAACCAGUUAUACACUCGGGACUGUUGGAUUACUCGAUGGAUCUGUGUCAUACCUAUUUAGCACAGUGCCAUUUAACAACCUACCAAGUGGAAGCGCAUCAAUCCCGCUUCGAAAGAUAUCCCCGGGAUACCGCCAAGUGCAGGCCCCCGCGGCCCCGAUCCAGAUAUGGGGAUCGGACUCGCUAUUAGACGGCGUGGGCAUUCCCGGGCUCACCGGUGGAAAUCGUCCAGGACAAUCAGAAUCUAACAAUGGAGAAAAUAACAAAGAGAACGAGGCGAAGCGAAAAGCUACUCUCCUCCAUGCUUCUCUCCAUCUCCCACCUCCCACCACUUUAUAUGCGCUCUUUCUACGCAGAAUUUCUACCAAUAUGCAGCUGUCACUAGCAGUCUGUUCAACUCAGGGUCCGCCGCAAUCCAAGUCCGCGCCACAGGCUUCAAUGCUCACGCAGUUAUCCCACGACACGGGCAAGUACAGCAACGAGUAUCUCUUCAGCACAGACAACGCCCUAUUCGGUUGGCGUGGACUCUGGAACUUCGGCCCAGAUCCUCGAUACACUCGCAAGGAUGUCCCGCCACCAUUGUCCCUCCUUUCCGCAGGCGCAGAGGCAUACUAUUCCCCCAUUUCAUCACUGAUCGGCAUGUCCACCGGCCUGCGAUUCACCACACUACCUGCAGCCACAGAAGUGCCGCCAUCAUCAACAUCUUCCAGCAUCCCAACGCCCAUAUCAACCUUCCCCUAUACACUAACACUAACAUUGGCUCCGAUUGUGGGCUCUUUAUCAACAACCUACUCCCUCCGCGCCUCACCCAACCUCGCCUUCAGCUCUCGCUUCGGCUUUAACGUCUACAGUUGGGAAAGUGAGAUGGUCGCUGGCUGCGAGCUGUGGCGUCAAAACAAGAAAUCCAGCUCGUCCAGCGACGACGAUCUCGAAUGGGCACGUCGCAAAAUGCGCAUGUAUGACUUCGGCGCUUCCCUGCCUGGCUCGCCUGUUUCUCCCCUCCUAGACGACCCGGCUCGUCCCGAGGGACUUGUGGGUUCCAAUGUUGUUCGCAGUGAGGCUGAGACGAGUGACUCUGUCAUUAAGUUGCGCAUCGAUCAGUCUUGGAAUGUGCGGCUUCUCUGGGAAGGCCGGGUGAAGGAGCUUCUGGUGAGCGCGGGCGUCGGGCUGGGUCCGGGCUCGUUCUCAUCAUCGCCUUCUGCCUCUUCGGCAUCGGCCAGCGGCUCUGCCCAGAGUGGGGGCGGGAGUCCUGGAAUGUCGUAUUGGCGUGGGGUUGGGGUCUCGGUAUUGUAUUCUUCAUAA